UAUGACGCGCUUCCGGUCCCGCCGGCUCGGGGUGCGUCGUGCGUUCUCCCCGCGCCUGGAGCGGCUCUGACUCACGGUUAAACGUGUGGCCCUAAAGAACCAGAAACCCAAAGGAACUAAUACUCCUGCUCCACAGAGUCCCAUCUUUAGUGAGACUGUUUCUGGAGUUUAUAUGAUGACCAAGGUACUGGGAAUGGGCACCAUCUUGGGCCUGAGGCCUCCACGGGAGCAGGUGGGGCCAAUGAUUGUGAAAGUCGAGGACGAGGAGAAAGGAAAGUGCCUUCCUAGCCUGGAGAUGUUCCGCCAGCGCUUUAGGCAGUUUGGGUACCAUGACACUCCAGGGCCCCGGGAGGCCCUGAGCCAACUCCGAGUGCUAUGCUGUGAGUGGCUGAGGCCUGAGAUCCACACCAAGGAGCAGAUCCUGGAGCUGCUGGUGCUGGAGCAGUUCCUGACCAUCCUGCCUCAGGAACUCCAGGCCUGGGUGCAGGAGCACUGCCCGGAGAGCGCUGAAGAGGCCGUCACUCUCCUCGAAGAUCUGGAGCGGGAACUGGAUGAACCAGGACACCAGGUCUCAACUCCUCGAAGUAAACAAAAACAGGCAUGGGAGAAGAUGUCAUCUUCAGGAACAACGAAGAAGUCCCUGGGCAGUGUGCAGCCACAGCCUGUGGAGACCAGUCACAAAUACGAAUCUUGGGGGCCCCUGUACAUCCAAGAGACUGGUGAGGAGCAGAAUUUCACUCAAGAUCCAACAGCGGUUCAAGAUUGUAAGUCAGAUACCCAGAAUGAGGAAGCAACCGAUGAGCAGAAAGGUUCUGAAGAAGAAUCUUGUGCAGAUGGACUCAAAAGAGAUACCAUUCCCAUGAUUAUUGCCAAUAAACGUGAGGCCAGGUUAGAAAGGCAGCGUGUAAACUUUGAAAAGGGAAGAGGCACAAAAACCCCCCUUCAAGACACAGGCUCCAAGAAAGGUACAGGAUCAGUUCCUACUAAACCUGCCCCAGGAGAGAGACGUUAUAUAUGUGCCGAGUGUGGAAAAGCCUUUAGCAAUAGCUCAAAUCUUACCAAACACCGGAGAACACACACUGGGGAGAAACCAUACGUAUGCACCAAGUGUGGGAAAGCUUUCAGCCACAGCUCAAACCUCACCCUUCAUUACAGAACACACUUGGUGGACCGGCCCUAUGACUGUAAGUGUGGGAAAGCCUUCGGGCAGAGCUCAGACCUCCUUAAACAUCAGAGGAUGCACACUGAAGAGGCACCAUAUCAGUGCAAAGAUUGCGGAAAGGCUUUCAGUGGUAAGGGCAGCCUCAUUCGACACUACCGAAUCCACACUGGGGAGAAGCCGUAUCAGUGUAACGAAUGUGGGAAGAGCUUCAGUCAGCACGCAGGUCUUAGUUCCCAUCAGAGACUCCACACCGGAGAGAAGCCGUAUAAAUGUAAGGAGUGUGGGAAGGCCUUCAACCACAGCUCAAAUUUUAAUAAACAUCAUAGAAUCCAUACUGGGGAAAAGCCUUAUUGGUGUAAUCAUUGUGGGAAAACCUUCUGCAGCAAGUCAAAUCUUUCCAAACAUCAGAGAGUCCACACUGGAGAGGGAGAAGCACCAUAACUGUGAAGUAUUCUCUUCUGUUGUUUUGGUUUUCAGAAUGUGAAUGCCAGGGAGAAGCCCUGUUAGGAUACGAACUUCAGUGAUAGAUUUUACUUCACUCAACAUCAAGGAAUGGUUGAGGAGUGAGAGCUCCACAGUGGCAUGGUAGACAGGACGUCCUCAGAUGGUGUCAGCGGGUUCCACACUUGCCAGCUGGCUGGGGCAGAGUCCCCACCCCACGCUUAGGAUCCCAGGAGACCCUGCCAGCAUUGCUUUUUGAAUAGUUAAACUGAUGUAUAUCCAGUAUAAUUAACUAAUUAAGGAAGAAACGUUAAAACUGUUGAACUGCUUUAACAUAUAUCCAAGAAUUAUAAUUUGUAAAUAAUUGAGCCACAUUGGACACAAUUUAAUCAGAUUCAGAAUAAACUUAUAACAUCUUGUAA